AUGUGCCCUCCGGUCGACGACGCUCCUACGACGAACGGCAAUGCCACAGACGGCGCCAAUGGCGUCAAUGGCCAUGCGAACGGCGCGAACGGCACCAACGGAUCACACCCAGGCUUUACCGCCGUUGAGACGAGACAAAACCCGCACCCGCACAUGCAAGCAAACCCAUACGCCCCCGUCGGCGACUUUCUGAGCAACAUAUCACGCUUCAAGAUCAUCGAGAGCACCCUACGAGAGGGAGAGCAAUUCGCCAAUGCGUUUUUCGACACCGAGACCAAGAUCAAGAUUGCCAGGGCGCUCGACGACUUUGGCGUGGAUUACAUCGAGCUUACCAGUCCUGCGGCGUCGGAACAGUCACGCAAGGACUGCGAGGCGAUAUGCAAGCUCGGCUUGAAGGCCAAAAUCCUUACACACGUUCGAUGUCAUAUGGAUGAUGCAAGGAUAGCAGUCCGUACUCACGCGUUGGCUCAGGUGGUCAUUGGCACAUCAGCACACUUGCGCGAACACUCGCAUGGAAAGGACAUGACCUAUAUCAAGAACACAGCUAUCGAGGUCAUAGAGUUCGUCAAGAGCAAGGGCUUGGAGAUUCGAUUUUCAUCCGAAGAUAGUUUCAGGAGCGAUCUUGUGGAUCUAUUGACGAUCUACAGCGCGGUUGACAAAGUGGGCGUGAAUCGUGUCGGAAUUGCAGACACCGUGGGUUGCGCGACUCCAAGACAGGUUUACGACUUGGUCCGCACAUUGCGCGGCGUUGUGUCAUGUGACAUCGAAACCCAUUUCCAUAAUGACACUGGCUGCGCGAUAGCGAAUGCCUACUGCGCACUAGAAGCCGGCGCAACCCAUGUCGAUACAUCGGUUAUCGGCAUUGGCGAGCGGAACGGCAUCACGCCUCUGGGUGGUCUCAUGGCUAGGAUGAUUGUCGCUGACCGAGACUACGUCAAGGGCAAGUACAAGCUCGAGAAGCUCAAGGAGAUUGAGGACCUUGUAGCCGAAGCUGUGCAAAUCAACAUCCCGUUCAACAACUACAUCACCGGAUUCUGCGCAUUUACGCACAAGGCAGGCAUUCAUGCCAAGGCCAUCCUGAAUAACCCAUCGACCUACGAGAUCAUCACUCCGAGCGAUUUCGGCAUGAGCCGAUACGUGCACUUCGCCUCCCGACUUACUGGAUGGAACGCCAUCAAGUCCAGAGUAGACCAACUAGGCCUACAAAUGACAGACGCACAGGUCAAGGCCGUUACCGUCAAGAUCAAGGCGAUGGCCGAUGUCAGGCCUCUCGCGAUCGAUGACGCCGACUCGAUUAUCCGGAGUUUCCACUUCAACUUGCACAACGAUGUGGAGAAGCCACUGCUGCCGAACAUGACCGAGCAGGAGAAGGAGAAGUUCGAGAAGGCCCAGAAGGAGAUUGCGGCUGAGCCGGAGAAGAGGGAGCUGGAUGAGACGGUCGACAAGGAGGCCGAGGUACCCAGAGCCAAGAAGACCAAGACUUCAAUUGCCGCAUAA